AUGCCGCCCGGACAGAUGCUCGAGCCCUCGGAGCCCGAGGCCGAGUUCACGCUCGCUUGCCUUCAAAACGGCCUUCGCAUCGAUGGACGAUCCUUCCUUGCCGCGCGUCCGGUCGACAUCACCUUUGGCGAAGAGCUCGGCAACGUCACCGUGGCCAUCAAAGGUACGCGCGUAUCCACAUCCGUCAGAGCGACGCUCAUGCCUCCGCGCUCCGAUCGACCGUAUGAGGGCUUCUUGCAGAUCACCACCGACAUCUCGCCCAUGGCCGGUGUCGAGUACGACUCGACAGGCGGAGGAGCCAACUCGUCUGCGCGCGCACGCGAGGUGCUCUUUGACCGUCUCAUCGAAAAAGCCGUCCGUCGCACGGAAGCCGUGGAUCGCGAAGCUCUCUGCGUGGUGGCAGGAGAACAGGUGUGGAACGUCCACCUGACCGUUCAUCUUUUGUCGGACACGGGCGCGGCCUUGGAUGCAGCCGUGCUCAGCUCGAUGCUGUCGCUUCGACACUUCCGCAGACCGGACUAUUCCAUCGAGAAUGGCAACCAAGUGCGUCUCUACAGCGCCGACGAGCGUGUGCCUGUCCCACUUGCCAUCCAUCACACACCGCUGUGCGUCACGUUUUCGAUCUUCAACCUGCCUUCCACCAGAUCUGCCCAGCCCGAGAAGAAUGACGACGACGAUCUGAUCGACCCGACAUCGUCCACACCAGCACAAACGGCCGACAGCGGCUCGGUGGCACUGCUGGAUCCGAGCCUGCUCGAGGAGACUCUGGCGCAUUCCAAACUGACACUGGUGCUCAAUGCGCAGCGCGAAAUCUGCGUGCUCGACAAGUCGUACGGCAGCCCCAUCAACCCGCACACGCUGCUCGAGCUCAUCAACGUCGGCCUCAACCGCAUCGACGUGCUCACAGAAACCCUCGAAACCGCACUCAAAAACGACGCUGCUACUCGCAUCAUCGAAGUCAUUUGA